AUGUCAUUAAUAGUCAAACGACGUAAAUUGUGUGCUAAUACAAAUACUAACACAGAAACAACACUAACAACUGAUAGUUCGAGUAUAUCAAAUAAAAGUUCUACGAAUGAUAGUCAAUCUGAAUUAAGUGAAAGUUAUAAUAAACCAGUUCGUCAUUUAUUUCUUGUUCGUCAUGGUCAAUAUCAACGAGAACGAACACAAUCCGAUGGACAUUUAACUGGUCGAGGACAAAAACAAGCUUGGUAUGCAGCUAAUUUUCUUAUAUCACAAUUACCCGAUAAUGUUUUAUUCGAUUCAUUAACACAUUCAGAUAUGAUUCGAACACGUGAAACAGCAACAAUUAUUUAUAAACAAUUAAAAUUAAUGAAAAAAAUUGAUAUUGAAUAUUUUUCAAUUGAUACUGAUUUUCGAGAACAUAAUUUAUUAUUUACUUUUUUACUUGAAGGUAAUUGGCAUGCAUUAAAACGUGAUUAUUUUCGUUUAAAGAAAAAAUCAAUUAAAAAUGCAAGAACAACAUUUGAAAUUAUUGUUACACAUAGAAAUAUAAUUGGUCAUUGUGUUGAAUUACUUACAAUGAUACAACCUGAUAAAUCAAUUGCAUUUAAUGCUUCUAUUACACAUAUUAUUGUCAAUCAAACAGACGUAAUUGUUGAUUAUGCAUAUAAACAUGAUUUUAUUCCAAUAGACUUUUUAACAAUGUGGGAAAUAUAUUUGCCUAUAGGAGAAUAUCGAAUUGAUGAACAUAAACAUGUUCAUUUUGAUGUUAAUGGUGUAAAAGGUACACAAAGAAAAGGUUGUUGUAUUCGUCUUUUAAUUUCAUGUCUUCGUUAA